AUGAAGGAACAAGUGUUCUGCGUGAUCCCUGAAGGCGUCGAACUUGACAUGUCAGGCUUCGACCCAUGUCUCUACAUCAAGACUUCGGACGGCCAUUGCGUGUUUAUACUGGUCUACGUGGACGACGUCUUGGUGACUGGAAGCUCGCUCGAGCUGAUUGCACAAACCAAGAACGACCUGAAGACGCGGUUCGAAAUGACGGACAGCGGCAAGUGUGCGUUUGUUCUUGGGAUCGAGCUUUUGGACGGUGAAGAUGGCAGUGUGACACUAUGUCAGCGUCGGUAUGUCGAUGAUAUCCUCAAGCGCUUUGGCAUGGAUGAUUGCAAGGCAGUCGCAAGUCCAGUCGACAUGAGCUCUCGACUUGUUUCAAGUGAUGCAACUACCAAGGUCGAUGCUCCUUUUCGCGAAGCUGUUGGUGCGUUGAUGCACCUGACCACUGCAACGCGUCCGGACAUUGCGUUUGCUGUGGGCUAUGUGUCGCGGUUCAUGGAAAAUCCCCAAGAAGAACACUGGGUUGCAGUUAAGCGUAUCUUUCGCUACCUACAAGGCACCAAGACGAAUGGAAUUUGCUACAAGCCAAGUGCAAGGAUCGACUUCCGUGGAUAUUCGGAUGCGGAUUGGGCUGGUGAUCUUACCGACCGCAAGUCAACAUCGGGGUACACGUUCAUGCUACUCGGUGCGCCAGUCAGUUGGGGCAGCAAGAAGCAGCCAAGUGUUUCGUUGUCCACGAGUGAAGCCGAAUACAUCGCACUCAGCUUGGCGAUUCAAGAGGGCAAGUGGAUUCAUCGUCUGCUUUGUGAGAUCGUGAUGGCUGCCAAUGAAGAAGGACCGGAACUCAUGAUUCAUGAAGACAAUCAGUCAUGUAUCAAGAUGACGAAGAAUCCUGUCAACCAUGGCCGUGCCAAGCACAUUGACAUCAAGUACCAUCACAUCCGUGAUGAGGUCAAGCGCGGCGAAGUCAAGCUCAAGUACUGUGAGACUGCGGUGAUGUUAGCAGACAUCAUGACCAAGGCACUUCAUGGACCGCGUCACAAGGAGAUGACGACGGCUCUCGGGAUUCGUGAGCAUUCGGAUUGA